AUGGACCGAUCAACUUCCACUGCGGACACUGUUAUCUCACCUGACAUCCUGAACGCGGCUCGUUCUUGGAAGCCAAAGUCGAGCGCAUUGUCAGUUACAAGUAAUCAGUCAACUUCAAGUGAAAUGUCUGGUGUGGCGCCGUUACCAAACGGCAAGUCGCGCUAUUUGCCUUUAAGCGAAAACGAAGGAAGACGAAAUCUUGAUUCAGAGUCUGCCCGACGUAAGUAUGUGCGCCAAAAACAAGAAGAUUUCAUUUCAAGGAAAGAGAGUGACAGAAUCUUAACAGCAGGUGAUAUGCUUGUUGCUAUAUUUAGUGUUAAUAUGUGGCGAUCUAUAAAAGCCUACUUAGACCCAUUUAUACUGAAUCUUGAAUUGUCCAUGUUUGCGCGUCGAAGUGAUGCUACCUUGCUUUUCAUGAAUAAGCAGACAGUGGCUGGAACAAAUCGAUGUAAAAUUACAUGGUUUACAUACCACAUGGCACACAUUAGCAUACUUGCAAUUCGAGAGUAAGUUCUAGUUUGAAUGACCUAUUUUUGUCGCUUACUAAAUUGCUACUCCACCUCGUCCUGGUUUGCGAAAAUCUGACAGCACCAAACCUCAACAGUCCUCUUUUCGAACUAUUUUCUCCAUUUUUGUUUGUUUGAUUUUGUUUCCAUUUCUUUCUUUCUUUCUUUGUUUUCUUUGUUCUCUACAUUAUUUUCAACGAACUUUGCAGCUGAAGAACCUGUGAGGAAAAAGUCAUCAGAUGGUGAACCUGUGUACAGGCGUACCGAGAUGAUCUUGAGAUCGCUUGCACAAACUGGGGAGCAACUUACCAAGAAAAACAGAGGUCAGUUGUAACAUAAACGACUUCAUAAAACACUCAUCAUUCGAAAAUAUGUUGGGUUAAAAUUUCCCGAACAAAUUCUUCUUAACUUUCCUGGAGGAAACAUAACAAGAGUGAACUGUAUCAUUCAUUAUGACCCAUUGUUCGUAAGGCUCGCUCGAAGAAAGUGAUAGAAACAACAAACAGAGAAAAAUCUCUUCUAGUUAUCAGUAUGGUAGCUUUAACUUUGUAAUUCGUAAUCGGUUCAUUUCAGCCGUCGGGAUGCAGGAAAGAAACUUUUCCACCAAUUUUCCAACGUCGCGCCCAUUACCGUUUGUUUGAUUGUUGGUCUUUACUUUUUCUCUGUGAAGUUUAUUAACGUUGAGCACCUUCAUGUGACGUGUGAAUGUGCUUGGAUGUUUGUCCAUGGAGAGAGAGUAGGUCGUCAUUAUUAGCGCUGCGGCACGAUUGCUUCCUCUUUCGCUGGAAAUUAUGAGGCCUUGAGCUCCGCGAACCAUUGCCCUUUACAGAACGUUUACAAACACCGCACCGUCGCAAGAGUAUGUUGACUUUUUAAAGUGACUAAUAGGAACAAACCAACAUGCUUCUCCUUUAACAGUAGCAAAAAGUUUCCUUGGCUUUCAACAACUUUUACAGAAAGACUUCAUAUCAAACGCAAUUUCUUUAAAAUCGGGGAAUAUCAGCGCAUAUUCCUCUGCUUCAGCAGGGGGCCUGUUUGGUCUCAUUGUAGUUUUGAACCAAUGGCGUGCCUGAGAAAAUACUUUAAUGAUUUGUCAAAUUUUACUACUUUGAUGGAUUAAUCUUCCUUUUGCGUUCUUAGAGAUCGAACACUUGUUGAAGGAACAAGACAGACGAAUAAAAAAGUGCCGGAAAAACGAGGACCACAUGCAUGCACUUCUGUCUUGA